AUGUCGAAACCAACUAAGAUUCUGAUUAAGGAAUUCGGGCUACACAAUCUCCUUCGCGAGAGAGUGUUUGUAACAUGGGAAGAUCAAUCAGGUACAUCUCGUGUGCUAGGUUGUCGUUCGGAUUGUAAUGGGCAGAAUCUCGAAUUUUUCAUAGCUGCAUAUUAUGAUAUGGAAGGACAUAUCCAUAUUCACUUUUCCCUUCAAGUGUCCAUUAUAGUUAGAGGCAAUAAACAGAAAAUAGAGUUAUUAUUGGUUGUUCCUCCAGACGCCGAUCUUGCAGAUGCUUCUAGGUCUCAAAUAAUAUCGAAUAUCGAUAAAUUGUCUCACUAUCACGCUUCUGCUAUUCACGACGCCGGUAUCAGCAAUUCAACACAUGUUAUUUGUAUACCAUUCAAUCUAGUUGCAGAAGGGUUCGUCGUUAUGAAGAAGAAGCAGAGUACUGCGACUAUGAAGGCCGCGAAUCAACCCUCAAGAGAAUUGAUUCGUAGCUUUCAGUCUCUAUCCAUUACGAAAACCUUCACUGGAUACAUCAAGCCAAAUGAUUAUGCGCUGGUGGGUCUGGAAGAUCUUCGUAAUCGUUUGACCAACACUGGUACUCCCGGCCCACGCAAAACUAUCACGAGGGAAAUGUACAUUCGACAAGCGCUUGAAUUAGUGGAAUGGAGUAGAUUUGACGCAAUAUCACCACCACCAGCGUAUAUCGAGACUCCUCGGCUAUUCCCGGAAAUACAGGUUCCCCGCUCACCACCAAUGGUUUUUGAACAGAAAACGCCUUUAAUCCAUAGUGUCGAAGCAGCGAUCGCAGAAACACCAACUCGAACUCCAACUAGCUCUAAUCAUACAUCGGUGCAUGGCAUUUUCUCUUCUAACUGUGAAGAGUUGCUAGACAAUGAAGUGAACUUGGACGAUAUCGAAGAGGAUACAAGAUCUAUGGAAAUGGAAAUGAACUUCAACGUGGAUUCGGAUGAGGAACAGCUUGCUAUUUUGAAGUCUCGAGAACUAAGUCAGGAAUUCAAUUAUGAUUUAGAAGUAUUACAGAUACUUGAUUCGAAGUUGUUAAACUGGAUACAAACAGCAAUACGGAUAAAUUCAAGCAUCUACGAACACAAUCAUUUGAUUACCAAGUUGACAAUUCUGGGUAGUUGUGUCCGUACAUCCAAUACUGGUAUAUUUGAUGCUACUCUACCCUGGUGCUCUGCAUUAUUUUUUUACGAUCCGUUUGAUUCCGAUCCCGAUAAUACUCUUGGGCUAUGGGAGAAGAGAAAUUCAUGGCUUAUUUCAGAUAUAGUCAGAUUGAUUCAAUGGGCCAAUAGAUUCCAUUAUGGUGCUGAGAUGAAUCCGUUAUUAUUAAAGCAUUUUAGGAGAUUGGGUGAUAUAGCUCGUACUAUUGCUUUAAAUACUAAAAGUAAUAAAAAUGAGUAUGAAGAUCAGAAAGGUGUUUGUAUGGCUCGUGUAUUAGUGGAGUUUGGUAAGCCGGGUAUUAGUACCAGCAAAGGGAACGGCAAAUCUGUCUUUCGACAUAGCUUGGGAACUGAUAGCAAUGGGUCUAAACGAGUGAAAAUGUAA